UUGAGCUUAAUUGUGCCGCUGUUUUUUAUACCUUGGUGGUGUCGAACUAAAAAGAUGAUGUUUAUAAAUCAAAAUUGUUCCAUUUCCACGGAACAGCAAAUGCUAACAGAACUAGAAGAUACCAACCGACUGGUAUUGUUGGUAGAAGAAAAUGGUAAUGUUCAGCGCAUAAAAAAUAAUGAACAUUGGGGUUCAUUAAAAAAUAUUCGAACAGCCAAUGUUUGGAUAUUGAACAAUGGCUACCAAGAAAAGGAUAAGCCACAAAAUGAGGAAGACCUAAGUGAAGAGUACAAGUCUAGAUGUAUUUCAUUAAUCCUUGAAUAUCUCAAGAAAGAGAGAUUGGAUGGUGAAAACCCAUCUAACACAACUAUGGAGCAGAUCAGGAUUAAGCUAAGAAGAAUAGGUGGAAGUUUAAGUAGGUCCCAAGGAUUCAUAGAUGUUUUAUUAGAAAGACCAACUGAAUGCGUAAGCAAUAAAGUAGGUACAGAAGUGGAAGAUGGUGCAACAAGAAUUGACUUGGAGCAGCAGAAGCUGAAUUCAUUCACAAGAAGUCUUGUUAAUCUUGUCAAUCGAAAAAUCAGAGUUGAUCAAGUUUUCCAACGAAGAUUUCAAGAUAGACAACAAGAACUGAGAGCAUUGGUGGAGUGCAAAAUCAUCCAGUGUGGUAAAAUGGAGUUGGAGAAUAAGGUUGAAAAUUUUUCCACAUCCAUAAAACGGUUGGAGCCUGUUGUGCAUAAACUUUUCGUAAACAGCUUCAGUGAGUAAAUAGAUGGAGUUAAAACAAGAGGUGGAACAUCUGUCACUUACUGAAGCCAGGAACUACAGAUUGGUAACACUGAUCAGCAUGAGUUAAGAUUAUAUAACAAUAAUAACUAGAUUUGAGCUCGUCA